AAAACCCCCCACGACGACGUAUUAACUCUUCUCUCUCUGCCUGCAUAAUUUCCCUCUUCCUCUAUAGCAUUCGAGAACCAUCGAAAGCUGAAGUAGUGACUUUGGACUGCACAAACAUCUUCCAUCUUCCUCGUAUGACUUCCAAUGUCUAACCAAUCUCUGAAUUUCGAAGGUUUUUUGAACGACUUGCAAGACUGGGAACAUUCUAUCACAGACAAGGAUAAGAAGUUGAAAAACCAGGAUUCUCACAAGAGUAAAUCGAAGGUUGAAGUGGUCAGUGAGGACAAGCAACCUGUUGUUAAAAAUACAGCUACUUCUUUAAGCAAUAGUACAAGCCAGCAUCGGCCUCCUAUGAACUACGAUCGGUUGAGUCACAUGUCGAGUAGUUUAAUUGCUGAUGAGAAUACUGUGGAUGCUGCCUCGGAGAAAGAUCUGGGUAAUGAAUAUUUUAAGCAGAAGAAGUUCAAUGAAGCUAUAGACUGCUACUCCAGAAGCAUCGCUUUGUCGCCUACAGCUGUGGCUUAUGCAAAUAGGGCAAUGGCUUAUCUGAAAAAAAGAAGAUUUCAAGAGGCUGAGAAUGACUGCACGGAGGCCCUUAAUUUAGAUGACCGCUACAUAAAAGCAUAUUCACGCCGAGCUACGGCCAGAAAAGAACUCAGGAAACUCAGAGACGCCUUAGAGGAUGUUGAGUUUGCAUUGCGGUUAGAGCCGCAAACAGAAGAACUCAAGAAACAACGCACUGAAGUGAAGUCCUUGCUUGAAAAGGCAAUUCUUGCAAAAGCAGCUGGAGCAGCUACAAGAGCAGCACCUAGUGUUAGAGAAGUUGAGAACAAGGUGGAUGCCAAUGGACAUGAUAACCGUGCUUUCUCUUUUCCUGAAAGGAGUAAGAAAGCCGGAGUGGAUGUUCUUCCAGAUAAAAUACAGUUAUCUGUGAACAGAUCUUCUUAUCCCGGGGAGAUGGCAAUAAACAGCAAUACAGCUGAAGAUAGAAACCAAAAAAAAGUAAAUGGCGUGAAAGAUGUUGCGCAAGGCAGUUCUCUUUUGAAGAAUAAUAAAAGUGGGGAAAAGGAGCUGGCGACAUCAGUACAAGAGCUUGCUUCUAGGGCUGCUUCCCGAGCCAGGGAAGAAGCUGCUAAAAAUAUCUGUACCCCGAAUUCAGCUUAUCAAUUUGAGGUGACUUGGAGAGGGUUUGGUGGCGAUCGCUCUCUACAAGCUCAUCUAUUGAAGGUCACUCCACCAGUUACACUGCCGCAGAUAUUUAAAAAUGCUUUGACUGCUCCCUUACUCAUUGAUAUUAUCAAGUGUAUUGCAAUCUUUCUUAUUGAGGAUACCAAACUUGCUGUCGAUUAUCUGGAAAAUUUGACCAAGAUCCCAAGAUUUGAUAUGGUCAUCAUGUGCCUUCCGCCAGCAGACAAGGCUGAGCUCUGCAGGACAUGGGAUGAAGUAUUUCUUAGCAAUGCUAGUCCUAUUGACUUUACAGAAACACUUAGUGAUCUCCAUCCAAGGUACUGCCCUCGACAAUGAUUUGCAUUUGCCUUUCUUGAGAUUUUGAUCCAUCAGGGCUCCCUGUGCUAAGGAAACUGACUGUAUUUUGAGGCUUAUUUAUUGUUUUGAGAACUCUUUGACAAUACAUUGUACAAAUUGUAUAUUUUACCAGAGCUGAUAAGGGUUCAUCUUUUCCAAUAUCUCCUUCAGUUUA